CAACAAACGCGUCCGUGUUCUUGUGCAAACGCAGAAAGACCAAAAGACUCAACGUCGUGUGUUACAUCAGAUACGAAUAAACUUCCGUUAAAAACCGUGACUUGGUGAAGUUAAUACAAGUAAACGACGGUAGCUGACUCAGUCCACUCUCAAGCCGAUUUCUGCUGCAUGCUGAUUGAAUGGAAGAAAGCUGUAGAGAGAGUCACACCGAUGCGGACCAGGCUACUCCUCUCGAGAGCGACUCCAGCAGGCAGACCGCCAGCAUAGUGCAAGGUCAUGGCCCCAGGUUGUCGAAGAUAAAUCUGUUCAGCUUGCUGAGUUUGUGGUUGGAGCUGUUCCCCCAGGGGCAACCAGAAGAUGAUGAUAAUCAGAUUCGCAAUGUGGGUCUCGUGGUAGUGCGGGACAGUAAGGUAGUGGGCCUCCACUACAGUGGACACGAGCUUCAUGCAGGCCAGGCAGCCAUCAUCCAGCAUGCUGCCCGCCUGGCCGAAUGUCAGCUGUACUUCUCUAGGCGACCGUGCGCAACAUGUCUGAAGAUGAUUAUUAACGCCGGGGUGACUGAGAUUUCCUUCUGGCCCGGAGACCCUGAGGUCAGCAUGCUAAGGUCCGGCCCCCAUGCUCCCGUUGGCAACAUCUCUGAGGAAGCCGCACUGGACGCGGUGGCUACAGAGAAGCUGAAGUCCAACAGCCGCGCGCAUAUCUGCUUGCUGCUGCAACCCCUGGCUCCAGGCAUGGUGCAGUUUGUGGGCGAGACGUCCAGAGAGUGCGAUUUCAUGGUGACGCAGACGGACGAUGAGCUGGACACGGAGGAGCUCUACUACAGGGAACAGGAGAACCACUUGGAAGAUUUCUCCAGACGGUUCCUGAUUGCGGACUCUCAUCAGCAUCAAAUGCUUUUGACUCAAAUGCAUCUGGAAAACUUCUGCGUGGAGCCCUACUUUUCCAACCUUCGACACAACAUGAGGGAGUUGGUGAAAGUCCUGGCUGCUGUGGUGGCUGGGGUGCCACAGCAUCACUGUGGAUUUCACCGGGAACCCUCGGGCCCAAAUACAUUACUCCCCAGCUCGGCGCCUCCCCCUCAUCAUGAGGGAGUGUCGCAAGAAUUCGCCCGCCAUUGCAUCAUCCAAGCCAGGCUACUUGCCUACAGAACAGAGGACCCGAAAGUGGGCGUUGGCGCCGUUAUUUGGACCAUUAGACAGUCUGCUGGCCUUAAUGGACCCCGUCAUCUGUCCCUGGUGGGUUGUGGCUAUAAUGCUUACCCCGCUGGCUCACAGUACGCAGAGUACCCACUCAUGGACGAUAAACAGGAGGACAGAAAGCGACGCAAGUAUAGAUACAUUGUCCAUGCUGAGCAGAACGCGCUCACCUUCAGAACUCGCGAUGUCAACCCAGAGGAAGCUGCCAUGCUGUUUGUGACGAAAUGCCCAUGCGAUGAGUGCGUCCCUCUAAUUAGAGGUGCCGGCAUCACCCACAUCUUCACUACCGACCAGGACCGGGACAGGAAUAAAGGCGACAUUUCCUACCUGCGAUUCAGCAACUUGAAGGACAUCCAAAAAUUUAUUUGGCAAAGGGACCCUGUAGCGUCUUUAAAUAUCACCAAUGGGCAUUCUAGUAAACGCGUCAUAACGGAGCCGCAGGAGACGCACAACAUUAAGAAGCGUCGUGACAGUAGAUCGAACAACUUGUCACCCACCAUCUGAGUAUCACCUCCAAACAAGUGAAACUGCACGCGCCCACUGGAACUAAAAUGGGAGUGUGACUCAUCUGAGGAUUUGCAUCAACUCCGUUUGCAUAACCAUUGAGAACUGAGCUUACGAUAUUGACCUCAACAAAAGGAAGCAAUUUAAGUGGGUUGUGAUUGUCAUUGUAUUAUUAUCUAAGUGGAAAAAUAUUUUUUCUAUUUUAUUUUAUGGCAAACUUUGUUAUCAAUCUGUUUGUUGAUUUUCAAAUGAUAGUUUACAAGAUUUUGGGGAUACACUUUGACAGUGGCGUCAUAAGACAGUCAUAAUGCUCAUUGUUAUUGUCAUGUACGACUGAUGUCAAGUGCCAUCCACAAAUUAUGUCACUUUUGAAUGGCUGUAAAAGAUGCAGGCUGGACAAAUGGAGUGACAAAAUUUGCCAUCUGUCAUAAGCACUCAUGUACGCUCAUGACAGUGUCAUGUCAUAAUUAUGACAGUUUUAUGACACCACUGUCACAGUGUUACCGAUUGUCUAAUUUGCAUAAAAAUGGUAUUUUCACUAAAGCUGAAUAUCUCUUGAAUGCAACUUUAUUCUACAGCUUUUUUUUUAUGCAGUCAAAAGAUUAACCCCUUGAUGCAAAAAAAAAUUGACAGUGAUUGACGUCCAAUCUAUUUUGACUGGGAAUGCUGCCAGUUAAAAUAUAACAAUUUGUAAAUAGAUCAAAUAAUACAAAUAUUUAAUUUUAUAUAUAAUGCUAAGUAGUGACAACAGGCAUCUAUGGUUAAAAAAAAGUUGAGGCUGCCUUUAUAUGGAAUGUCACAAAAAUUCGUGACAAUAGGCAUCAAGGGGUCAACUGAUUUUAAAUGGCACUUUAAAAAUGACACUUUAAUCAUGCGUUUAUGUGCAUUAACCCGUUGGCUGUCAUUGACAACAGUAUACGCCCAAUCCAAUUGGACUAGGAGGCUCACCGUUAAAAUGGAUUGGAUGUCUACCGUCAUCCACCGCACUGAAACACUAUCAUGCACUGGCAGCCCUCGCAGUACAAAUGAGUUGGAGGUCGGUCACCAAAUUAAAGGACUUGAGGCCAUCUGCCUGCCAGCUGACUGGAGAGAAUUCAAAACACGACCAAAUUGCAGCAUUUUCAUCAUUUUAUUUUCAGUAUAAUACACAAUGAAGCUGCUUUUUGUUCGAGAUUAAUCGCACAGCUUGCUUUCCAGAAUGUGGACAAGACUUGGCGAAAUUUCCACUGAGAAAUAAACGAAUUCCAUUAAAGUUGUUGUGUUGCAAUUUCUGCAAUUACUUCAGGAUUGUGCACACUUUGCUUUCCAUGCGGCUUUUCUACUGACUGUGUAAUUCAUAUAGUGACCUUAAAUUUAUAGCUGUUUUUUUUUUUUGCAAGUGUUCAAUAAAUCUCAUCAAA